UUGCUCGCAUUCUGUACUUCUGAGGCGAUUGGCAGUUUUCAAAUCAAAUCUCCAGUAACUAUAUUUAGUUAGCUUGACAACCUGUGUGCUUUACAGUAUGAAAUCAUUGGAGGACCAAGUUGUGGAAGAUGAAGCAGGGUAUCAGGAUGAUGAGGAAUCUUUCUUCCAAGACAUUGAACUCCUACAGAAAUAUGGCAUUAACAUGGCGGAUAUCAAAAAGCUGAAGUCGGUGGGAAUUUGUACGGUAAAAGGGAUCCAGAUGACCACACGUCGUGCCCUCUGCAACGUUAAGGGUUUAUCUGAAGCCAAAGUGGAGAAAAUCAAGGAAGCUGCUGGGAAGUUGCUGAUGAGUGGAUUUCAGACAGCUUCAGAAUACAGUAUGAAAAGGAAACAAGUAUUCCACAUCACAACAGGCAGUUUGGAGUUUGAUAAACUUCUUGGAGGAGGAGUAGAGAGUAUGGCGAUCACUGAAGCUUUUGGAGAGUUCAGAACGGGAAAGACUCAACUCUCUCACACACUGUGUGUUACAGCCCAGUUACCUGGUGAGAAUGGAUAUAGUGGAGGGAAGAUCAUCUUCAUUGAUGCGGAAAAUACCUUUCGCCCAGACAGGCUGAAGGACAUUGCCGACAGGUUCAAUGUGGAUCAUGAAGCAGUCCUUGAUAAUGUGCUUUAUGCCCGUGCCUAUACCAGUGAACAUCAGAUGGAGCUGUUAGACUUUGUGGCAGCCAAAUUUCAUGAAGAGGGAGGUGUCUUCAAGCUCUUGAUCAUAGACUCCAUCAUGGCUUUGUUCAGGGUGGACUUCUCAGGUAGAGGUGAGCUUGCAGAGAGACAGCAGAAGCUGGCACAGAUGCUUUCCAGGCUGCAAAAGAUCUCAGAAGAGUACAAUGUUGCAGUGUUUGUCACCAAUCAGAUGACAGCAGACCCAGGAGCCGGGAUGACAUUUCAAGCAGAUCCCAAAAAGCCAAUUGGAGGUCACAUACUGGCACAUGCCUCCACCACACGCAUAAGUUUGAGGAAAGGACGUGGUGAAAUGAGAAUUGCCAAAAUAUUCGAUAGCCCUGACAUGCCAGAAAAUGAAGCUACCUUUGCCAUUACUGCUGGAGGAGUGGCAGAUGCAAAAGAGUAAGGCAAGAAUUUCUCCAGUGGAAACAACACUCAUGGUUUGUUAGUAGACACAAUAUGUAAUCGGAUCUAACUACAACUGUUUGUUUGUUUAUUUAUUUGAUCUCUACUUAAAUGUGUGGGUUUUUUCUUCUUCAAUAAACCGUUGGACUUGUUCAUCUCCUGAAAA